AAUGCCAACAACAGAGCACGGCUCCAGCGGCACCAAUGGGACACGCUCAGCUACAGGAAAAGGGGCUCAGCUACGGGAAAAGGGCUCAGCUAAGGGACAAGGAGCCUCCAGGGGGAUUUGCGGGGUUUUUAACCAGGUGCCGACCUGUCCCGAGAGCGGGGAUGACAGAACAGCAAAUGCUGGCCGUGUCAUCUGCAGCUGUCCCCAGGUUCAGCUCUGAACCGAAAUCUGGGGAGACCCCCUGUGGAAGACACGGAUUUUCUGAGACGCGGGAAGAGUUUCAAAAUUCCUUUGUUUCCUGCCCAAAACCCAAGGCUGGGGCUGGGAUGGGGGAGAUCCCCACCAGGCACAGCUGGAGGAAAACAAACCAGAGGCAUCAAAGUUCAUGGAUUUUAUUAAGCAGCACCCAAUUGCUAUAGAAAAUGGGAGGGAAAUCCAGGAUCUGUGUCUUCCGAGCGAGGGACGGAGCGUAUUCCCACAUGGCAUCCUCUCCUCGCUGGCUGGAAGUAAUCUCCUGGCUCUUCGGAUCACCAUUUCCACCCAGCGUGCCCCAAAUUUAACCUAUUUAACAUAAAAAAAAAAAAAAAAAAAAAAAAAAAAACCCACCCCAUUUGACAAAAAAAUUAAUAGAUGAAGCCCCCCAAAUCCCACACUGGCACUGUUUCUUUCCCAAGAGGAAAAACACAGUGGAAAAGUUUUCAGGACAAUUAAUCCCAAACUGACAUGUGCCUGUGUGGAGAGACAGCCCCAGUGGAUAACCCAGGGUAAAUCCAAAUUUCAGCCCAAAUCCCUUCCUGAAGGAACUUUUUUCUGGACUCAUUGCAGGACAAAGCCUCUGGAUUUUGCCUCUCUCAAAUCAAGCUGGAUUUCGAAAUAAUUUCCCUGAUUUUGGGAAUAUCCAGCACCACCAGGAUGUUCUGCAGCCCAGUAACCAGCACGGGGGGAUGCACAAGGCUGUGAGUGUGGCCUGGCUGAGGGGGUGAUUCCAAUUUAACUCCUCUGGGAUCAUCCAGUGGGCUGCUGGAUUGAUUUAAUCCCUUCUGCUGUUUGCCACAGUAAAGCCAGCGCUGGAGGGAGGGGAGGGGAAAGGCCUUCACAUUGAAAAAUGUGCUGGAAUAGAUUUUUUUAAAUAUAUAUUAAGCGUUGUCAUGUGCUCAACAAACAUUUUUUAUUAACAGCUCAGCCUCAGCUGUCACCUGACUUGUGUCUUGACUUCCCCAAAUAAUCCAAGCUCAUGUCCCAGAGCCCGGGACGGUUCUAAUUCCACCAGAAGCCAGGACAGGCAUUUGAGGAUUGCUCCCUCCACUUGGAAAUUUAUUUCAGACGAGCACUUUGGUGCUUAAAACUUGAGUUGUUCCUGAUUGAUGCUUUUUGGCACAAAACACCUUCCCAGACCCAUUCCCAGCACCGGAGGAAAAUCCUGCAUUCCCCAAGCAUCGCCUCCCGUGCCCAGCUCGGUGCGGGGCAGCAGCUCCCCCAGCCCGGACCCCCAAAACCGGGGCUCCUGUUGGGGCUGAGCCCCCUCCCAGGGGCAUCCCCACUGCUGGAUGUAUCCGGAGGAGAAAGGGGGGAUCUGAGGAGAAUGCGAGGCUCGGAGCUGCCGGAUCAACCCCGGCGGCACCAGCGCGGCGCAGGCGCCGGGCAGCGGCGUUUCGGGGCUAAAGCGCGGCGGAGCGGGGCUUUCCCGGCGCUCGGGGAUGCCGGGGCCGGACUACAGCUCCCAGCUCUCUGCGCGGGCGGGCAGAGCCGGGCGGCGGGAGCAGAGCGCAGCGCAUCCCGCAGCGGGCACCGCCGCCUCCGCCCGAUCCGGCGAAGCCUGCGGCAGCCAUGGCGCUGGUGAAGAGUGGUUGGCUUUGGCGGCAGAGCUCCAUCCUGCGCCGCUGGAAGAGGAACUGGUUCGUCCUCUACCUGGAUGGCAGCCUGGUUUACUACCACGAUGAGACGCAGCGGGACAUGGACGGCCGCAUCCACAUCAAGUACAGCUGCCGGGACGUGCGGAUCGGCCGCGAGUGCAAGGACGUGCAGCCGCCCGAGGGGAGGAGCCGGGACUGCCUGCUGACCGUGGUGCUGCGGGACGGCUCCAAGACCACGCUGUGCGCCGAGAGCGAGGACGACGCCGUUGCUUGGAAGAUGGCUGUGCUGGAGGCUAAAUCCACCCCGGUGCACGUGUACGACCCCUACGACGAUGACUACUACCAGACGGUGCCCCUGGACUCGCACCAGGCCGCCUACAUCAGCUCGGGCCACUACGGCCCGCAGUACGGAGCCCCCGGCGUGACCCACGUCAUCGUGCGCGAGGAUCCCUACCGCGUCUCCGGGGACCAGAUGGCGCUGGGGCUGCUGGCGGGGGCCGCCACCGGUGCCGCCCUGGGCUCCUUCAUGUGGAUGCCGUGCUGGUUUUAGGCCCGGCCAUGGCCCCCCCUCAGCGCCCCAGCCCUGGCUUGGAACCUGCCCUGAGCCCCCCCUCAGCCUCCCCAGAACGCCCAGGGGACAGACUCCCACACACGCCCUGCUCCCAGCCCCAGCUUCUGCAUUAAAUAACCCCCAAGUGCUUCAGAGCCCCCCCAGACCCGCUCCAGAACCCCCCAGCAUCCGAUUCCCAUCGGCACAGGGCCCGGGGAGCUGCCAGGGCUGUUGGCAGAGCUCCCCCAUCCCAAAUCUCCACAGGGAGCUGGCUGCAGAAAUACCAGGUUUGGGGGCAAGGGGGACUUAACUUGGGGGAAUUGAUUUGGUCUUUUUUGGCUGGGUAAACCCCACAAUGCAGAGGGUUUUAAGGGCUUUUUUUGGGAGAGGCUGCAGCACCAGAGUAGGAGCUGACACAACCACAGAGGGGCAACCACAGGGAUGCUCAAGAGGUGGGUAAAAGAUUAAGGAGGAUGAAAACCUUUGCAGGAUUUCCAUCCCCUUUCCAACUCACACUGGUGCCCCGGGGCUGGCCAAGUUGGAGAAAUGGUACAAAACCCUCAGGAACUGGAGUUAAAUAACCCUUGGUAACCAGGCUGAGAAGAGUCCAGGGAACAUCCCAAUCUCUCCAGCCAAGUGGGAGGGACACACAGCAUCCUCAGUUUCACCCUGACUUUUGGGAGGGGGAGAAGGGCAGCUCUCCAUGGGGACCAGGGAGCUUUUCUGGCAGCCAAGCCGGGAUCUUCACAGCAGGGAUUUGGGACUGAGGGGGGACACACCGUCAGGCCAGGGGACAAGCAGCAGCUCAGAAUUUUGGUUGGGUGGUGGAUGAGGUGAGGAUCAGCCGCCAAGUGUCACCCCUAGAGCCAGGACGGUAUCCUGGAACCACGACUGACAUAGAAUUUAGGAAUUACAAACCCCAUAGCUGGAUAGAAAACCACCAGUGACACCAGCACCCCAGCCUGCUCCUGCCUUUAGAGCCCUGGGUCAGUUCACCCCUGUGCCCAUCGGGGGAUUGGGAUAUCCCAACACACCAUCCUCAUCCUCUCCUGCAUUCCCUGCCUCACUCCUGCUGCACACCCGCUCCCAGAAAGGGAAAAAAAAAAGACAAAAAACCCUCUUUGAAGUCUAAUAAAGGCAGUGAAAACCA